AUGUCCGCUCCAUCCCGCGACGAGGUUGAGGGCGAGCUACAUCUCCUGCAGCAAGUGCUGCAACAGUGCUCGACAAAUGUGCUUUCUGUCCUGGAGCUCAACAUCGAAUGGCCGUUACACUGUUCCGCAAUAGCCAUGGACGGCCAACGGUGUGGAAAUCCUAUCAGCAAGGAAUGCGUGGUGAGAGCUAGCGAAAUCCUUCGUUGCCUCUGCGCCUUCGAGGCCGGUGAAAUUGUCGACCAGCCAGAACUUGUCGAUCUUGCAGCGAUGCUGCUCUGCACGCAUCAUCACCGAACCAAGAUGGUCAAGACUCCUAAUGGCGAGGUCCGGAGAGAAGGGCUUGAGCAAGAGCUGGUCAGAAAUUUCAAGAGAAGACUCUGGCGUCAUAUUGAGACACAAUUAGAACAAACACGAGCCGAGAAUCCAGUCGUCAGAGUUGAGGAGGACGACGAGUCGCCUAGCAAGAUGCCGGUAUCAUUCCAACGUACCAUGGUUGCUGGCCGAGUCGGUGGUAUCCCUAACAUUGGCGACAAGUACGACAUCACCUAUCCCGGCAGGGGCUCGUUCGUGCCCCGGUAUACGCCCAAAGUCAAGCAGAAGCAGUCUGACUCCCAGCACGGUGCGACAACGAACGGGACUGUUGUGGAUUCCGGAGCCAUCAGCACGAACACGACGUCGUCGCUCGUAGGCGAGCAGCAUGCCAUGACGGGAGAGCUUAGACAGUGGCCAGUUGGCGAGUCUGCUGUAACGGACGACGCUUCUAUCGUUUGCGCUAACGAGGUCACCGAAGAAGCCCUCGAACUCAACAACCGCGUCGGGGAGAUUGCUCAGUCUGACAAGGUUCGGGGCGCCUCUGUGUUAUCCAGCAAUCCAGGAGCAGCAAGCCAGUCAGCCGGUCCAGCCUUAGGUCAGAAUAACGAAGACCAAACGGCACUGAGGACGUCUUUCCCGAAUCCACCCACCGAGAAUAUCUUCAUACGAUACGGUGUCCAGAAUCCGUCCGCGGCAGCUGAUGAACGUCAGACCAUAGCCUCGGAUCCAAGAUCAGAAAUUGCCCCAGUAACACCGCCAUCGCCGAACGGCUCUCCUCGAAGACGUCAAGUUCAGUUCUCAAUCCCAGCGCCAUCGCCAGAAGUUUACCCUCGAGAGCGCCAGAUUAGCAACCUUGCUUCGGCUCGUAAAGGAUCAACAUCGCGCACGAGCGUUCAGUCCUGGUCACAUCGCAAUCGUAACGACUUCGUGCCUAGAGUUCGACAACUUCCACAGCCAGAGACCACACUUGCUGAUACGACCGCAAGUCCCGUUCCAAAUGCGAUCACAUCAAGCUCUAACAAUACACCUGGUCCAAGGGUCGCGAUGCCAGGUCACUGGCCGGCAGCUGAUAGGGAUUCGCAUGACGAGGCGGCCGGGCUUGGGCGUCCUUGGUGGUUGUUGGCCGGCGUUGGCGCGGCUGGUGGACUGGUGGCCUUGCUGGCUCGAAUUCAGACUGACAAGCAGCCACAGUAA